UCUGGGUGAGAAGCUGGAGGGAUGGGAUGUGAACUGGGAUAUUCAGACCCAACUGGGAUGUUCAUACAUUCUACCAAAAUGUUGUAUUGAGAUGGUGAGGAAAACAAGACAAACAGACAAAAAAUUCAGACUGUAAAAUGGGAAGAAAUGCCCAGUCAUCUCCCUGAAUAAUGUCAACCAUUCUCCUCCUCUUCUCUUCCCUCCCCUGCCCCACGUACACAUAAGUUUCUCUUAAGGUAAAAGUCACUCUGUGUUCUUUUUAAAGCCCUCAGGUUUCAUAUUUUACUGCUGUCAGAGUCUGCUUCCCUGAGGUUCUUGUGUGCACUGGUUAUUCCCCUGCUAAAGAAGCUGUUCAAUUCAUUCUUGCCUGGUGUGGAAGAUCCCAAGGGAGGCAGUUCCUGAAGCCCUGUCUCCUUCACUUCCCUCCUCCUCCUUCUAGUCCUGGCUGGAGCAGUGAGUCUGUCAAUCCCAGGCAAGAGACAAGGCAGACAAAGGUUCAUUUGUAAAGGACCUCCUUCCAGCACCUCCUCUCUUCUCUGUUUGCCCAAAUUCAUCCAGUCAGUUGGAGCAUUUAAGAAGAUUAUUCUGCCAACAAGACCAAAAGGAAAGAAGAAGAAAAGGGCCCGAAAGCCAAAAUGAAAUUUAUGGUAUUUGUCACUGCUGGGCUGACUUUGCUGCUAGCAGCCCAAGGCAUGCCUUCAAAUCGCCUGUCUUGCUACAGAAAAAUACUGAAAGAUCGCAAUUGUCACAGCCUUCCAGAAGGGGUCACUGAGCUGACACAGAUUGAUGUAAAUGUCCCAGAUCAUUUCUGGGAUGGGAAGGGAUGUGAGAUGGCCUGCUACUGCAAUUUCAGUGAGUUGCUCUGUUGCCCAAGAGAUGUCUUCUUUGGACCAAAAAUCUCUUUCCUGAUCCCUUGCAACAAUCACUGAGAAUCUGCAUGUCUUCUGGAGAAUGCCAUUCUUAAUUUCCCAUACAUUAUAUCAGUAUUAUUACAUUUCUAGUGUCUGUAUAGUGCAAUAAAGCACAGAUUCUAUAAAGUCUUACUUGUCUAGGACAAGUAACCCUGUUUUAAACAAAUUGUAAUAAAAAAUUAGCUCAAUUUAAUUUUUUUCUGUGGGCUUUAUUAGAAUUGCUUAAAAAUUCUGCCAAGAGAAUUUUCAUUUGAGGUAUUCACUACACACAGUAAAAGAAUGCUGUCCCCUCAGAUGGAUAGCCAUAACCCAGUCUCAAAUACUGGAACACACUUGGUUAUUAGGUGAAAGUUUUUGUCUCUGUAUACUUAAUGAGAAAAAUCUGGUAUAAAUUAAAUUCCUUAGAACGAAAACUGGAAGUUUUCUAAUAAGAAAAAAGACAAACCAAAAGUUCAGUGUAUAUUAGGUAUGCCAAAUGCUCUCAAUAAAUUUUCAUUUUGCUGUUAACUAUAUCUUGGAAGCAGCCUA